UGCUCGGAUUUAAUUCGGACCACACAGCUGGCUGCUGCUCGUCUCCACGGCCUUCUGCCUCGUGGCCAUCACCGUGCUGCUCCAGAUCUGGCUGCCGCGCAUCCCCCCGCCCCGCCUCCGACAGCGCCGGCCCCCUUCCCCGCAUGGCCAUCGCUGGCAUCCCUCUCCACCGGAUACGGCGCCGCUGCCAUGGCCUUCCUCGGCCUUCCUGAGCCAGGGGAAGACGGCGACGGGCAGCUCUUCGGGGCGGCCGCACCCCCCGUGUCCUAGGGUCCCCUCGUGCGUCGGGUUCGCAACUCCUCCGUCGGGGCGAGGGUCCUCCGGCGGCAGCGGGAUGGUGGCGGGGUGGAGGCGCGGCGGCAGUGGAGCCGGAGCGGACAGCGGCGGCCAUUAUCUCACAGUGUUAAUUACUCGAUCGGGAGCUCCUGCGGCGACGGUGAUCAUGUCGACGGCGGCGGUUCUGAUGAUCCUGCAGCUGUUUGCGGCGGCGGCGGGGGCACCCGGCGGCGGCGUUUUGCUGCACGUGGAGUCUCACCAGGUGGUGCUGGACAAUGGGGUGGUGCAGGUGUGGGUGUCCAAGCCCCAGGGCCAGAUCACCGCGGUGCGCUACGGCGACGACCCCGGCAACCUCCUGCACUUCACCGGCCGCAGCGCCACCGGCGUGAUGAACUCUGGCGGCUACUGGGACUUGAUCUGGAACUUUCCUGGGCCUGGUCGUCCCGAAGGCAUGACCGACGUACUAGAUGGUACAGAGUUCGAAGUGGUAUCUUGGAGCGAAGAGCAAGUGGAGGUCUCCUUCAGGAGCACCUACGAUCCGUCACGCCAGGACAGCGUCCGGCUCAACGUUGACAAGAGACUGGUGAUGCUGAGAGGCAGCUCUGGGUUCUACUGCUAUGCCAUCUUGGAGCAUGCCAGCGAGUGGCCGGCCCUCAACGUCUCCCAGGUCCGGCUCGCCUUCAAACUCAACCCGACGAGGUUCAACUACAUGGCGGUCUCGGACGGGAUCCAGAGGUACAUGCCGGCGGCGGCGGACCGGGACGCGCCCCGUGGCACGCCGCUGGCGUACCAGGAGGCCGUGCUGCUGGUAAACGCGUCCGAGCCGCGGUUCACCGGGGAGGUGGACGACAAGUACCAGUACUCGCUGGACAACAAGGACAACCAUGUCCACGGCUGGAUCGCUGCCGCCGGUGACGCCACCACUGUCCCCAUGGGUUUCUGGAUCAUCACCCCCAGCAAUGAGUUCAAGAGCGGUGGCCCGACAAAGCGCGAGCUCACCUCCCACAUCGGCCCCACCUCUGUCACCAUGUUCCUGGGGACGCACUACGUCGGUGAUGACAUCGUAGCGAAGAUUAACGCCGGCGAGCAAUGGAAGAAGGUGUUGGGCCCCAUGUUCAUCUACCUCAACUCAAGCCCAAACCCCAACCCCAAGAGGGGAGACUUCCAAUUCCAUGAUAUGUGGAAGGACGCUAAGGCGCAGGCGAAGGCCGAGGUGAGCAAGUGGCCGUACAGCUUCCCGGUGUCGCCAGACUUCCACAAGGCUGUCGAGAGGGGCUCGGUCACUGGCCGGUUGCUAGUCAGGGAUAGGUACGUGAGCGGCAACGACAUGCCUGCCCGACUAGCCUACGUCGGUCUGGCUGCACCGGGGCAGCCUGGCUCCUGGGCAACGGAGAGCAAGGGUUACCAGUUCUGGACGAGGGUGUGGGCGAGCAAUGGCAGCUUUGCCAUUGGCGACGUCCGUGCAGGGGAGUACAACCUCUACGGAUGGGUUCCCGGGUUCCUCGGUGACUACAUGUAUGGCACUACUAUAACUGUGGCGUCCUGCAACAAUGUUAGCCUUGGCGACCUCGUGUUCGAGCCGCCGCGAUCGGGACGGACGUUGUGGGAGAUAGGUGUGCCUGACCGGAGCGCCGCUGAGUUCUUCAUCCCUGUCCCCAACCCCAGGAAUGUCAAUAAGCUCUUCCUCACCAAGGACAGGUACAGGCAGUACGGGUUGUGGGAGAGGUACGCCGACUUGUACCCUGCCGGCGACCCCAUCUUCACCGUUGGCGAGAGCCACCACUCCAAGGACUGGUUCUUCGCGCAUGUCACGAGGCAUGUAGGCACGGAUGAGGAGGCAUCGACGGCGCGGCACAUUCGAUUUGACCUGGCCAGCGUCGUCACCCAUGGCAUCUACACGCUACGGGUCGCUCUAUCAGCGGCUCACUAUUCGAGGCUGGAGUUGCGGGUGAAUGGGGCGCCCGCGGCGGCAGGAGAUCGUCAAUCAGCACCGUCUAUGGGAUUGUUCAUGACGCCAAAGUUCGGCGACAGCAAUGCAAUCGCGCGACAUGCCGAGCAUGGCACGUGGCGGAGCUUCGAGUUCAAGAUUGAGGGGCGCCUGCUGGCGGUUGGGGAGAACAACAUCAACAUCACGCAAGCGAGGGCGUUCAACAAGUUCUUAGGGGUCAUGUACGACUACCUCCGCCUAGAAGCGCCCGGAUCCCAUGCAACAUCCAUGAAUAUAUGGAGUUGGUUUGUAAUUCUUUUUCAAUGCACAACCGGAGCACUGCUCUUUCUAUAAGAAUUGGUUUGUAAUUUGUUUUUUAAUGCACAACUAGAACAUUGCUGAUUCUAUACGAAAUUAGUUACUUGAUCUCCUGGAUAA